CCAGAGGGUGGCGGUAAGUGCGAGAUUAAGGAUGGCAACUGCAGCUAUAGCUCAUAAAAGAAGACAAGGAGGCGGAGGCACAAGAAAUCAGGAACCAGCUGUCAAAAAGUAGCUGAAGUGUAAGCAACGGAUCAGAAAUAGGCAGUUUUCCAGAGAUGUCCAGAGCUUGUGUACAACACUGACUGGUUGCCUGCCUGUGACUGAACACACCCGCGAAGAUGCCUGCAGUGUCCACCGGGGUCAAAGAGCUGUAUCUGUCCACAUCUCUGGGAGAACUCAAUAAAAAGGCUGAAAUUAAGCCGGAUAAGACAAGCACCAGAAGCUAUGUUCAGAGUGCCUGCAAAAUCUUUAAGGCGGCAGAGGAGUGUCGUCUGGACAGAGAUGAGGAGAAGGCUUAUGUGCUGUAUAUGAAGUAUUUAACAGUAUAUGACAUCAUCAAGAAAAGACCAGACUUCAAACAGCAACCGGAGUAUUACAUGACCAUGCUUGGGCCGAACAGCUUCAAGAAAGCCAUUGAAGAGGCUGAGAAGCUCUCUGAAAGUCUAAAACUCAGGUAUGAGGAAGUUGAGGUCCGGAAAAAACUUGAGGAGAAGGAGAGACAAGAGGAGAAGAAAAGAAGGGAGGAAAUAACAGAGAAAGCCUCUCCAAAAGCAUCAUCAGCAAAUAAGAAGGACAGCAAAAAGGUAAAAGGAGAGCAGAAUGAACUGAAGAAUGCAACCUCAAAAGCUGUGGUACCAGCUGGUGGGAUCACAGCAGAGAAACUUUUCCACAUGAUGAAGGACCAGACGAUUACACUAAUUGUAAUGGAUGCCCGCAGCCACGGGGACUUUGAGGAGUCCCACAUUCAGGUCCCAGCCCAGACCUGCAUCAGCGUGCCGGAGGAAGCCAUUAGCCCAGGAAUCACUGUGAAUCAGAUUGAGACAAAGCUACCAGAGGUGUCAAAAGAGCACUGGAGGAGGCGGGGAUUUGUGGAUUAUAUUGUUCUGCUGGACUGGUUCAGUUCUGUCCCUGACCUUACACUGGGCACCACCUUGCAGAGCCUCAAAGAUGCCCUCUAUAAGUGGGACAGCAUCACCAUCCUACGUAGUGAGCCGCUGGUCCUGGAGGGGGGCUAUGAGAACUGGCUGUUGUUUUACCCCAUGUACACAACCAACGCUAAAGUCCGGCCCCCUAGGCAGAAUAUCAUCAGCACCCUCCCUCAGUUGAACUUCAGCUACCCAUCCCUAGAGGAACCAAAGCCUCCAACCCCACCUCAACCAGAGCCCGUAGUCAUGUCUGAGCCUCAGGAACCCUCAGUUCCUGUUCUGAUGAAUGGGGUGACACCAGCAGACCCCCCCACAUCUAAAACUUCCCUGAUUACUGACAAGCUGCCAGACACUGUUGAUUCCCCUGUCACAGUUUCCACAAAUUCUGGUGUAGAUCUUAGUAAGAAGAACCCUGCAGCAGGAACAUCCAGCCAGUCACCUGCAACAGCAAAGGCCUUCCCACAGUUUGACCGUGCCAAGAAACCCUCUGUCUGGGUGUCAGACGAGCCUAAGCCCAGCCAGAAUGGUUCAGCGAAGGACUCCACCCAGAACGGCCCAGUUAUCCCUGACCGCUCAGUCAAACCACCCUUCAUGCCCAACACCUCUUUGUCUAAAGAAGAACAAAGUCAGAUACACUCUGAGGCAGUGGCAGUGAUGGAGAAGGCAAGGCAGGAGCAGGAAAAACGCAUCCAGGAGCGUCGUUUGGAGGAGGAGAGGCGGGAGAAGGAACAGAAGGAAAAGGAGCAGAAAGAAAGGCUAGAAAGAGAGGAGCAUGAGAAGAGAAAGAAGGAAGAAGAGGAGAGAGGGCAUCAGGAGAAAAAGAAACUAGAGAGGCAGAAGGCAGAAGAAGAGGAAGACAAAGAGAACAGGGCGUGGGAGGACAAAGAGAGGAGGGGAAAGGAGCAGAACACUGACACACCCUCGAAGAGUAUGUCUCUGGACUCACCUGCUCCCAACCAUAUUGUUAGUGAAAUUAAGAGGGAGCCCCUGACCAGAGCAAGGAGUGAGGAGAUGGGUAGGAGUGUACCAGGCCUUCCAGAUGGCUGGAUGAAGUUCCUUGACACAGUGACGGGGACCUACAGAUACUACCAUUCCCCAACCAACCGUGUCCACCUGUACCCUCCUGAGGUCACUGUUCCACAGACCCCACCCUCCACACCGCCAACAGUCAAACAGAAGCCACCACGACCAGCUGAGCCAGAUGCCAACCGUGAGCGAGAGCGGGAACAGUCCAAACUGAAACGCUCCUACUCCUCCCCCGAUAUCAGCCAGGACCUGAGAGAGGAGGCCCAGAAGAAGGUCACUGCCCCAACCACUGCUGUCAUACCCACCAUCAACAGAGAAACCAAACCAGCCAGUGCUAAAGUCUAUUCUAAAGUGGAGAUUGCGCGGCCCUCAGCUGCCAAAAUUCGCAACCUUAACCCAACAUUUGGAGGUCUGGGUGCAUCGCUGACUGGCCUUCGUAACCUGGGAAACACAUGCUACAUGAACUCCAUCUUGCAGUGUUUGUGUAACACUCCUGCCAUGGCUGAUUACUUCAACAACAAUUACUACCUGGAGGACAUCAACAGGUACAACAUCCUUGGUCAUAAAGGGGAGGUGGCAGAGGAGUUUGGUGUUAUCAUGAAAGCCCUGUGGGCCGGUCUGUACAAGUGCAUCAGUCCGCGGGACUUCAAGAUAACCAUUGGCAAGAUCAACGAGCAGUUUGCUGGCUAUGAUCAGCAAGACUCCCAGGAGCUGCUGCUGUUCCUCAUGGAUGGGCUCCAUGAGGACCUCAACAAGGCGGACAACAGGAAGCGGUACAAAGAGGAGGAAAACGAUCAUCUGGAUGAUCAGACAGCAGCCGACCUGGCCUGGAGCAAACACAAGCUGCUAAAUGAAUCCAUCAUUGUAGCGCUGUUCCAGGGCCAGUUCAAAUCCACUGUGCAGUGUCAGACCUGCCAUCGCAAGUCGCGGACAUUUGAGACCUUUAUGUAUCUGUCGCUGCCCCUGGCCUCCACCAGCAAGUGCUCCCUCCAGGAUUGUCUGAGGCUGUUCUCCAAGGAAGAAAGGCUGACUGACAACAACAAGGUGUUCUGCAGACACUGCAAGGCCCAUAGAGACUCCUCCAAGAAACUGGAGAUCUGGAAAGUCCCACCCAUUCUCCUGGUGCACUUAAAACGAUUCUCCUAUGAGGGCAGAUGGAAGCAGAAGCUGCAGACGUCUGUAGACUUCCCUCUAGACAAUCUGGACCUGGCCCAGUAUGUCAUUGGACCCAAACAUAACCUGAAGAGAUACAGCCUUUAUGGUGUUUCUAACCACUACGGAGGUUUAGAUGGUGGCCAUUAUACAGCCUACUGUAAGAACAGCCACAGACAGCGCUGGUACAAGUUUGAUGACCAUGAGGUGUCUGAAAUCUCCACCUCCUCCGUCAAGUCCUCCGCAGCCUACAUCCUGUUUUACUCCACCCUGUAAUGGAGCUGGUAGGACCCGAAGAGAAAACACUACGCCGGAGCAGUGAUGCUCACGCCUAGAGGUUGUUUUUUUUUCUUUUUAAAAUCACUGCUCUGAGGACCUGGUGCACGUAGUUGGCGGGUUAACUAGUCUUGUGUGCGUGCGCAGGAGAGGAUUUACUCGAGCGAGUGGCCAUGAGAUCCCGUCUGUUCCAGGUCGGAGAAUGGUGCAGGCACACUGUGCAAUGCUUCAGCUACUAGAGGACCCUAUAGCUGUUAAAACAAGCUGUCUGUUCACAUAACUGAUCAUCUAGAGACUAAACGGAUGCCCCCUUUUACUCUGACUUCUGUACCUUGGUGGUCAUGUGGUAGGGCUGACAGCUGGUUCAGAUGCUAUUCACUCUCAUUUCUGUUGCACUCGGUGUGGAUGGCCUGUAUCGCAGAGCUGAUCUUCAGCUUUCUUGUACUGUGUAUACACCAGGGUUAACAGUUAGAUGUAUGAGGCAUGUACAUACCAACCAAUGCUGAUGUUGCACAUUCAAAAAUGUAAAUACUCGAGGGCAAGGUGAAUAUCUGUUAAGUGACCAAAUUAUUAUUUUUUUCCCUUGAAAGUAGCAGCCAUCAUAGCAUCACCAUAUUCAUAAAGACAAACCGUGUGUUUUAGGGUUUAACUCUAUAGCCUUCUGAUGUUUAUCAUGAUCUUAAAGGGGACGGAAGAGACUGUGAGUAUUAGAAUUUUGCAUCCCUCCUGAUGAAGAGGAGGGAAUUGAGAUUGUUGCUUGUUCAUAUUAGCCACCUUCUUGCACUUACACAAUAUGCAAUCAGUUUAAGUUGUUUAUGUAGGACACAUUGUUUAACAGCAGACAUUAAUACUCAACUCAGAAUGCUUUAAAACGACACUGUUGCUGAGAUCUUGUCCGUCUUGCUCGGUCCAGCCAGUGACAGAAAAACCUACCUGCUUCUCUAAAGUUUGUUGUAGAGUUGAUUCUCUGUUUAAACAUACUUAACUCUUUACAUUAUUAUAUUCAAACACACAAACUAUUUAGAGGAAAUAUUACUGGGAAAAGUUGGCAUCUUCCUUGGCUUAUACCAGUGAUGCUGGUUUUGAAAUAACAUGUUUGUUGGAGGCUGGAUUUUGAUUUAUCUGAUUCAUUUUGUUUCUGUGUUUAGCACAGACCUAGGGAAAUAUGAAGACAUGAGAAAUUGACCUUAUUCACUUACACGAGUGCGUUAGCGUCAACAUUUGCUGCCUGACUGACUGAACGACUGACAAGAGCAAGCACAGAGUAUACUGAUUUUUUUCCUGAAUGGACCAGAGAUCUGAGUUGGCAGGAUUUGACUCUCCUGACUACAGUUUUAUUGCCUAGCAUGAGAUCAUAAUCUGUUUUCUUUUUACUUGUACAUGUUGAUUUUAUUUCUUAAUGCUCUAAGAAAUUGUUUCAGAUAUAACGAUUAUAUUAACCUCAAACAACUCAUAUGACUAUUUAUUAAAACUGCUUCAAAUUAG